AUGUUGCUUGGAGAUGACAUUGGCGCGAGGACGGAGGGGACAAAGGUUGAGUUUACUCUCGGGGACAUUGAUUUGGAUCAACCUACAGCUGUGCUAUCUCAGUUGAACGUUUGGUUGAAUAAUGAAGGUAAAGCUGUGGAACAGGGGGUCCAAUUACGGAAAAGGAAGAGGAUCAUUCAUAUGUGGAAGAUCAUUAAAGCUAGUGAAUUGGUUCAAAAAAAUCUGCCAGAGACAACCCGACUUCGGAUGUUAGACCCAAUGAAGGCGAUUCCGCAUGAUGAUAUGGUGAAAUUGCUGAAACUUUGUUGGGAAUUGCGCCAUAACCCAAAUUUGGUGAUGCAAUUUGGCAACGUGGAAACUGAGAUUGAAUUCUUCGCUUCCCUCGUCAAAGCUGACGGUUGGCUGAAAGGAAAUAAACAGUUUAUGAACGUUGUAAAUGGCAAGGUUCCAGCGUGUGGGAUGGAUUGGCAGAACGCGUAUAAGGUGUAUGCCCGUUGUAUGUUGACGAAGUACAAGCAUUGGGUGGCUGUAAUGAUUGAUAUGGUUAACUGUGAAAUCAAAGUGUACGAUUCAAUGGUUUCACUUAUUCCAGAUGAGAUCUUAAAGGAAGAACUCGCCCCGCUUUCAAUUACGAUUCCAAAUCUUCUCAACACCAUCGACUUUUAUGAAGAAGGUGUUUACGAAACGAUUGCAGCCGAGAUUGGUGGUGUCCGUGGCCAAUAG